CCAUCAAUGCAAAUCAACCCAACCAUCACACCUCGAUCUAAUCCGGCCUCAUAAGAUAUCAAAUCACAUCAAUCUCCAAAUAUGGUGGUCAUCGGAAAUGCUUCUCAGAUAGCCAACAAGGCACAACGAUCAAAAGUAUUACAACGAUUAAGGCAUGACAAGCUUCAAGCUAAAUUGAGCGAACGAGUGGCACGUAAGAAAGCAGAAGCAGCAGAUCCGUCCUUAAAAGUUAAAAGACUCAAAGAGAAUAUACCAAGAACGAUUGAAAAUACGAGAGAAUGGCUUGGAGAUCAACGUGAAGAUGAAAGAUUGAUGCCUGUGAAGGUAGAAAUGGGGGAUGAGAAUCAGGAAGGAUACGAGGAAAUCAAACUUGAUAUGGGUAGAUUAGCCGACUUAUUCGAACCCUACAACAAUCAAAACGCAAGUGAGGCUCUCACCGAACCCGAAGCUCAAGAUCCCACAGCAGAGCCAGACCUUGAAGAGAAUUUUGAAGACGAAUCGGCGUCAACUCCCAAAGAGAACCGAGUACUCAUCACUACCUCCCCUAGACCUUCUCUAUUCACCCAGGCCUUCAUUCACGAACUGGCCAACCUAUUCGGUGGAAAGCACCGCGCCGAUGUGAUACCUAGAAAAACCAAAAGAUUCGAACUUAGUCGAGUUUGUAAAUGGGCUAUUGAGCGAGGUUAUAGUAGUAUGGUUGUCAUUGGUGAAGCACAUGGGGGAAGAAAUCGCAGUGGCCCUACCCAUAUGACCGUCUGCCGACUCCCAUACGGACCGACAGCCUACUUCAGACUCACGAGUAUAGUGCCCAGUAAAGCUAUCCCAGGACACGCCAAACCAACUUCCCACUCACCCGAACUCGUCUUAUCUAAUUUCUCAACUCCACUUGGUUUGAGUAUUGGGACUCUACUUCAAUCAGUCUUUCCAGCUCUACCGCAACUUGAGGGUAGACAAGUUGUGAGUGUACAGAAUCAACGUGAUUUCAUCUUCUUUCGUCGAUUUCGUUAUAUGUUUGCCGAACGAGAGAAGAUGUUUUUGAAGGAAGGCGAAGAAAAGAUUCGUGCUCGAUUGCAAGAGAUAGGACCAAGAUUCACAUUAAAGAUCAGAUGGCUUAAACGUGGUACACUCGCGGGUACUUUGAACCAGAAUGUUCUUCCUGGCGAAGAAGGACAAGAAAAGAAAUUAGGAGAACUUGAGCGACAACGUGAAGCUAGUCGAGCAGGACGCCGUAGAGCAAAAUCUAAUGCUUCAAAAUCACUGGCUGCUGAACCUGGCCCUUCUCCCGAAAAAGCCUCCGACUCAGCCUCGAAAGAGCCAAUCGCCACCUCAUCAUCUCAAAACCCUUCAGACCCGAACUCUCAGACCCCCACAACCGAACCUAGUUCUACCACAACCACAAAAGCUAAACGUAAACGUAAACCCAAGAAUUCAUCAGGAGUGGAGGAAAAGUUUUUAAGAGGAGAUCGAUCAGAUUCAGAGGACCCCGACACAUCAGACCUUCCACGUAAACAUGGCGGCCUUUCAAGUUAUAUGAAACAAGUGCAAAAUCGUACUACUCUAGUUAGGAACUCUAAUCGUGAAGUGGAAUUCGAAUGGAAGCCUAACAUGGGUGUCUCUCGGAGAAAAUUUAUCUUGUAAACUAUUUUUUGAUGUGGAUGAAGAUAUGUUCAGUAAAUUGAGUGUCAGUUACAGUCGAGCCAUAGUCAUGAUGAAUGUCUGAGGAAUUCUUUCACCCGAUGUUUCUCUACAUCAGUUGUCAGCAUGGACGGAGGAAUUAUCAGAUACCCUGAUUUGCUAUGCCUACGAAAUCCACAGCUUGUCUGAGUCCCAUUUGCAUAGU